AUGGGCGAUCAUCAGUCCCAGGAACCCGUCGAGGAAGCACAGCCUCGUGCUACACAGGCUGAGACUCAGGCUCCCGAUCAUCCUCUUGAAGUUGACGAUAAUCCUCACGAGGAAGACUCGAGCUACGGUGACUCUGAGGCCACUAGUAGCUAUCUAUCAUCAUUGAAGUCUAGCGUUUUCAACUACAAAUAUGAAGCAAGUCAAGUGGCAGGAGCCUGUCUAGCUCUUGACGUUAACAAACCUGUAGAACGGACGCCGUUAUCAUGCAUUCCGCGAGGGGGCCCUAACGAUGACGAGGAGCAAGAUCGCAUGGAUCUAGCACACCACAUUUAUCGACUUCUCAUCGGUGGAAAGCUACAUCUCGCACCAAUCGGCGAUAGCCCUCAACGGGUUCUGGAUCUUGGUACUGGGACAGGCAUUUGGGCCAUGGACUUUGCGGAUGAAUAUCCCUCGGCAGAUGUUCGAGGCACGGAUCUGAGCCCUAUUCAACCCAAAUGGACUCCCCCAAAUUGCUCUUUUGAAAUUGAUGACUUCGAAGCAGAUUGGCUUUACCGCCAUUCAUUUGAUUUCAUUCAUGGCCGCGAGCUCGAGGGAUGUCUUUCUAACGAUACGAAGCUCUUUCGGCAAGCCUUCAAACACCUGAGCCCUGGAGGAUAUAUCGAGCUACAAGCUGCGUACCCGCCGCUCAAAUCUGACGACGACACAGGAGAUAAGGCUACUGAUUUUCACAAGUGGGUAAAUACCAUCUGCGACGCCUCUGCCAAAUUUGGCAAACCCUUGACCUGUGCACCGGAGUGGAAGGAAAAGCUAGAAGAGGUCGGAUUCGUCGACGUUCAACAAGAGAUUCGCAAGGUUCCCAUGGGUCCAUGGCCAAAGGACCCGAAACUCAAGGAAAUCGGCAAGUUCCAGGCGGUUCAGGAAGCCCAGGUCAUCGACUCGUACACUCCCGGGCUCUUUGGUCGGGUGCUCGGUUGGAGUGAGGAGGAGAUCCAGGUCUUUAUUGCGAAAGUCAAGCGUGACUUGAAGGAUCCGACAAUCCAUUUGUAUCAGCAGCUUUACUUUAUCUGGGGAAGGAAGCCAGAAGUUUAG